UCUACGUUCUGCCAGCGUCGUUUGCUCUUCCUUGGAUAGGAGAAGCUGAAACGUUGUUUGUCUUUCCUUGGGGGGUUCCGGAUAGGAUAGUCGCACCAUACGUAUCUGUAGGGGAAUCCGGAUGAUGAUGGUCCGGCUGACAGUACGUGCCACGCGUCACCAUGAGCCGCGUGCCACGUGUUUCCCAAGGAGAGGGGUCCCUACACCUCCCACAUGUCCUCCAAGCCCUCAGAGGCUCUAAUAUCGAGGUCAUGGUUGGUGUAGCAAACGAAGAUCUUUGCCACAUUGCUACCAACAUGGCCAACGCAUAUUCUUGGGUCCACAACAACAUUAGAAACUAUGCCAAUGUCAAUUUUCGAUACAUAGCUGUUGGCAAUGAAAUACAUCCUCCCGCAUGGGAAGCAAAUCAUCUCCUGGGGGCCAUGAAAAACAUUCAUCGGGCAAUUUCAGAGGCUGGACUUGGCAACCAAAUCAAGGUCUCAACCCCCUUCAGCACCGAGAUCCUUGGAGAAUCCUACCCUCCAUCCAAAGGUUCCUUCAAACCCCAUAUGGAAUCAUUCAUUAAUCCAAUCAUCCGAUUCCUAGUGGACACCCAUGCCCCAUUUUUCCUGAACAUGUAUACCUAUUUCAGUUACAUUGGCAGCCCUCAUCUCAUGAGUCUGGAAUAUGCUCUCUUCACAUCUCCCGGAGUAGUGGUGCAUGAUGGGCAGUUUGGGUACCAAAACAUGUUCGAUGCAGUACUGGAUGCUGCUUACUCAGCUCUGGAGAAGGCUGGUGGGGGUUCUUUGGAGAUUGUUGUGGCUGAGACUGGUUGGCCAUCGGCUGGUGGGUUGGCUUCGACAGUCGAGAAUGCUAGGACUUACAACACAAAUUUGCUUCGGCACGUGAAGGGAGGAACUCCCAAGAGGCCUGGAAAACCUAUACAAACUUACCUAUUUUCCAUGUUUAAUGAGAAUAAGAAAGAACCGGCGUUUGAGAAACAUUGGGGCCUCUUUUAUCCAAAUAAACAGCCUGUAUACCAUACUCGAAAUUGAGUGCAGCAAAGGGCAUGGUUAACUAUAUAUUAUCCUAAAUAAGGGCUCAUGAGUGCUGAGCUGCCGCGUGCCGCAUGCCGCAUGCCGCAUCAAAAAGUGUCAUGCAGAGCUUUAUAUGCUUACUGUAAAAGCGCCUUAGAAAGGCUAGCAUGUUUAAUAAAAUAGUAUAGUGCUUUUAUCAUAUAUCCUUAUAUGCCAAUCUCUUCCCUGAUUGGCUGAUUCCUAUCCA